AUAACAGGUGUCAACGCAACUUCUUCAGAACACACUCCCAACCUUUCUGAUUUCUUGCUCCGUCUUUCUAUUUUCAAGCGCAUCUAAUAUCUAGGGUUUCGACAUGGACGGCGGUGGAAAGAUUAAGAAGGGUGCCGGAGGAAGAAAGGGUGGUGGGCCAAAGAAGAAGCCGGUCACAAGGUCUGUGAGGGCUGGUCUCCAAUUCCCCGUUGGAAGAAUUGGGCGUUACUUGAAAAAGGGAAGAUACGCUCAGCGUGUGGGAACCGGUGCUCCUGUUUAUCUGGCUGCUGUUCUGGAAUACCUAGCCGCUGAGGUUCUUGAAUUGGCUGGAAAUGCUGCACGGGACAACAAGAAGAACAGGAUUAUUCCCAGACAUGUGCUUUUGGCUGUGAGGAACGACGAGGAAUUGGGGAAAUUACUUGCCGGAGUCACAAUUGCUCACGGUGGUGUGCUACCUAACAUAAACCCUGUUUUGUUGCCUAAGAAGACCGAGAAGGCUUCUAAGGAACCAAAAUCUCCUUCCAAGGCUACCAAGUCUCCGAAAAAGGCUUAGACUAUGUUUCGAUUUAGUUAUGUAUAUCAGUGUUUAGGGCUCUUUGGUUGCGGCAAGAAGGGAAUUUGAUGUUUUAGCUAUACGUUUCGUCUAAUUGUGUUUUGUGAAUUUUGUUCAUUAAUGUGAAAACCCUCUUGUUUUCGACCAA